AUGUCUCUCAAGAACGACGAAUUCCCCGCCUCCGCCGCCUUCGACGAGAUCGCGCAAGCCCUUUCCGCUUCCGACGCCGACCGCAAAGAGGCCAUCAAGAACGGCAAGGCCAUCUUCGCUUUCACACUCAAGAACAAGGCCGGCACACAAGAAACAUGGUACCUUGAUCUCAAGGAGACCGGCACGGUCGGCAAGGGUCCCGCCCCGGCUGGCAAGAAGGCUACCGCCACACUGGUGUUGAGCGACGAGGACUUCGGCAAGCUUGCGGCCGGCAACGCGAAUGCUCAGAAGCUGUUUAUGAGCGGGAAGUUGAAGGUCAAGGGAAACGUUAUGAGCGCGACGAAGCUAGAGCCUAUCUUCAAGAAGGUGCAGAACAAGGCUAAGCUAUAG